AUGCCUCUCUACAACGUCACACUCAAGAAGGACUCUCCCUUAGCUGAGUUGGAGAAAGCCAAGGAGAAGGUCAAAGAACAAGGCGGAACCAUCAAACAUGAGUACACUCUUAUCAAGGGUUUCACUGUCGAGUACCCCGCGGACCAUGUCAGCACUCUUGAGUCUAGUGACCAUAUCCACGUUGAACAAGAUGGCGAAAUGAGAAUUCAGUAA